GCGAUUUGACCUUCCGAUCCGACUACGCCGGAGUUUUAUCGCUGACGGCCCAACCUUGUCUUCUCCAAGCUGCAUCUGCUUCGUUCGAAUCUCCAGCUUCCUGAAGAGUUUCUCACCUGCCAGGUCUAAACGCUCUCCAUCCCUCCCUCUGGUCUCUGUCGCUCGUUCGCCUACCCUAAACUCGAGCACCUUCAAGAUGCAUAUUCUCGUUACCAACGACGACGGGCCACCAUCGCCUCACUCGUCGCCUUAUGUCCAUUGCCUCAUCAAAAAGCUCCAGGAGGCUGGUCACAUCGUAUCUGUAUGUGUGCCUCACACCCAGCGUUCAUGGAUCGGCAAGGCGCACAUGAUUGGGCAGACUCUCAAGCCUUUGUACUACCGACCUUCCGCCAACAUCCACGGCGAGGACUCUGAGGGCACCACCCACCACCGGCCUUCACCCUCGGGGGAUGUCGAGGAGUGGAUUCUCAUUGACGGAACCCCCGCUUCUUGCGUCCAGAUUGGCCUUCACCACUUCUUCCAGGAGCGUGGUCCUGUUGAUCUCGUUGUCAGUGGCCCCAACUAUGGUCGAAAUACCACGGCUGUAUUUGCCCUGAGCUCCGGAACCCUGGGCGCCGCAUUGGAGGCUGCUGUCUGCCAGCACAAGGCCAUCGCUCUUAGCUUUGCCUUCUUCUCGCGGAAUCACGACCCCGUCAUCAUUGAGGCUGCCUGCCGGCACAGCGUGAAGGUCGUUGAGGCGCUCUAUAAGCAGUGGCCGACGGAUGGUAGCGCGGACCUCUACAGCGUCAACGUUCCCCUUGUCGAAGGCAUUGAGAGUCACAAGACCAUCUGGACCAAUGUGCUGCAGAACUACUGGCGAGAGGGUGGCUGUUUUCAAGAGAUUGAGGGCGAAUCCGGUGAUGAGAAGGAGGAAGAGGAGAGGAUACGAGAGGGCAUGGAUGGGGAAGUGAAUGAUGGAGGCAAGUCAGGCGAGGCGAGAAAGGGACAUGUCCACAAGCACUUCAAGUGGGCGCCUAAGUUCACCGACGUUUACAAGAGCGUGGAGGAGUCCCAGCCUGGCAAUGACGGAUGGACCGUUAAGGAAGGACAAACGAGCGUCACUCCUCUGAAGGCAAACUUCAUGCAUGGACCUGGCGAGUUCAACCAGAAAGAGCUAGAACUUCCAAGUCAGUCAGUGGAGGCAAACGGCUCCAAGAGAAAAGUUGAGAUCCCCCUGCGGUUGAAGGGAGAUGAAGCUGGAAAAGCCCCUGUCCAGGCCAUCAUCUCUUACGAAGACUCCUAUGUCCAACCCCUGAUCCUCUCAGCCAUGAAUUCACUAUUCCCAAAUAACCUGGUCAACAUUAUCACCGACUUGCCAGCGUCCGACGACGGUAUCGUUGUCUCGCGAAUGUUCCCCUCCUCGGAUACGAAGGUGCUGCAGAUAACGGCCUAUGAGUCCAUCGACUUCGAAUAUGCAGGCAGCCACGAGAAGACGUCGCUCAUCAACAGCUACAUGAUCCGAAAAGCGCUGAUCCGAAAGCACUAUCUCUCGACAACCGUCGACCACUGGGUGGCCAAGAACCCCACUUCCGUCCUAAAGGAUCACAUCAAGCGCAGCGAAGCCUUCGAGGUUGAUUACGCCGAGUUCCUCGACGAUGCUUUAGUUGAGGCCUUUGAUCUCCGAGAAAGCAUGGACCGAAACGAGGCACUAACUGACGAAGAAGCCGCUGCGAAGGAGUGGUGGAUCUUGAAGCCUGGCAUGAGUGACCGAGGACAGGGCAUCCGACUGUUCAGCUCAAUGGACGAGCUUCAGGCCAUAUUUGACGGUUGGGAGGAGGAUCGUCCUGAUAGCGACGACGAGGAUGAUGCGGACAGGGGUGAUGCCUCUAAUAAGGUCGACGACGAUGAUGGAGACUACAUCACGACUUCACAUCUGAGACAUUUCGUGGCCCAGCCGUAUAUUCACCCACCUCUGCUCUUGGAGGACAACAACCGCAAGUUCCACAUUCGAACAUAUGUCCUCUGCACCGGCAGUCUCAACGUCUGGGUCUACAAACACAUGCUUGCUCUCUUCGCCGGAAAGCCCUACGCAGCACCGGCCGACGCCCCGGACGACAUCGAAGCCUUCCUCACCAACACCUGUCUACAGGACUCGCCGAACGAGAACACAGUCCGCCGCUUCUGGGACCUACCGUUGCCGGCGGCCACGCGUGACGACAUCUUCCGCCAGAUCUGCGAGGUCACUGGCGAGGUCUUCGAAGGCGCGGCGAAGGCUAUGCCUGUGCAUUUCCAGACGAUGCCCAAUGCGUUUGAGGUGUUUGGAUUGGACUUCCUCGUCGACACGAAAGGGGUUGCAUGGCUUCUCGAGGUGAAUGCGUUCCCAGACUUCAAGCAGACCGGAGGGGACUUGCAGGAUAUUGUGGCCGGCUUCUGGAAGGGGGUUCUAAGGCAUGGUGUUGCGCCAUUCUUUGGUAUCGAAUCGAAUUCUCUGAAGGACCAGGAGGGCGCCGAGGGCAUGGUUUCUGUCAGAAGAGUUGACCUGGGCAGAGGAUAGAGGUUUGCUACAAUGCUUGGGGAGUACCAUGACUGGGCAAAAGGUCAACAUGGGUUAUAGGGUAUGGAGGCCGGUUUGCACAUGAAUAAGGAUCGUAGAAACUACGGUAGGGUUCGUCAAAAGUCAACUGUUUACAUCGAAAAGCCAAGGGAAUGUGUCUUCUCA